AUGCAAACCACGAAGCGUAAUGAGGUUCCUGCGGUAGUUAUGACAAAACCUCCAGCAGUGAGCGACUUUGCUAGCACUCUGACUAAUGUCAUCGCUACUGCGUCGUCGCAGCAUUCGGAGGCUAUUGAAGAACCGGUUCGAGCAGGUUUUGAUGCUGAGGUGCUCUGGCGGGGUCCAAGACUUUCGCUAAGACAUUACAGGAAUGAAGAGCAUAAAUCGCGCAGGUUUAGUUUAACAGAGGUGAUUUUGGGCCCUUCAAACAGGUUCGGCACCAGUCUUCCAACCCACAGAACAAUUACUGAAGGUGCAGAAUCCUUUUUUGGAAGGGUUCGAAAACAAUCUGUUACUGAAGAUGAGCGCUUUAAAGAGAUAUUGCGACGGCAAAAGGAAGAUACCACUUUGAAGCCAUUUUAA